AUGAUAUAUUCGAGGAGAAAUUUAUUGAUUGACUUUUUCACAAUAUUUUAACGUGUUUAUUUGCUAAAUAAAGCAAGCAGCAGAUAAAGUAAAUAAUUAAAUAAAUAAAUAAAAUAAAAGUAAAAAUUAUAUUUAUCUAUUAUUUUUAAUAUCCUUAUAUUUUAUAAAUUUGGAUACAUAUUAAGUAUUUUGCCAAAUAAUUAGUAAUUAAUUUAUUUUAAUGUAAUAGAAAGAGAAAAUUCUAUAAGCAUUCUUUCCUUCCUUCCUUCCAACUUAACUAUUCCUGUUAAGCAUUUUUUUAAGACUCCUUAACAAUUCCUUAACAUAAAUCUUAUCUCACUUAAGCUGAAUGUAGAAAAAUCAACAAAUUCAUUAUUCUACAGUCUGAGCCCGUAAAGGUAGGACGGACUGAGCAUAGAAAUAGACCAAAUCAAACACGCCCAAAAUAUUCUGAUUUUCUGCAGAAUAAAUUAUAUCCUUAAAAAAUAUUAUUUGAAAAAUCUUCUAUUUCAAAAAAGUUUUAAUUUGGUCCUGAUCAAAAACAUAUUCCUUUAUUCAUUACUAAAAAUAUGCCUCCCUGAUUGUGGUUAAUUAUCAAGAGUAGAAAAUUUUAAUCAGAUAAGACCUAUUCAUAGACAUGUUGUUAUAGAUUGUAAUUUUCAUUAAAAAUUAAGAUCUUAAACUUUAUAGCAUUCUCAAAAUUAUUAAUAACAUACUUAGAAAAGAAAGUCUCAGAUUUUAAAUAAAUUUUAAUGUUAAAAAUUUAAAUUAAAUAAAUUUAUCAAAUAUUUAUGUAUGUAUCUAAAAUAAUAUUCUAUUUAACACUCAUACUCAAAAAGAUAGUAGGUAUUAUUAAAAUUAAAAUAAAUGCUACUAAAAUAUGAUUAUUAAUGGACUAAAAAUUUAUUACUACGAUUUUAUAAAAACUAAAUUCUAAUUUUAAACAAAUUUGCUUUUUCAAUUUUAAAAUUCUACUAUACUGAUUUAAUUUUUUUUUCUACUACUGUAUUAUCAAAAAAUAUAUUAUUGUUUAUCAUAGCUAGAUUUAUUUUUAUUAUUUAUAUAUUAAUUUGUUUUUUAAUAAUUUGUAUGAAAUAAAAAGUAAACUACUUUAAUGAAUUAAUUAAUUAAUUAAUUACUAUUUUGAUUGUAAAUAUAAAAAAUUACUCUAAACCCUCAUCUCAUUAAUUAAGACCAAAAAAUGGUAAAAUUAUAAAUUUUGCCAAAUUUUUACAUAAAUUAGUUGGGGUUGAGAUUUUGUAAAAAAUAUUUUAAAAUAUAUAGAUUCUACAUUAUACACUUAUUUUAAUAUUUUUAAAGCCAAUUUUAUAUCUUUUUAUAAAUUUAUCAACCAACAAAAUUUUUAUUGAUAAGGUGAGAGUUUGUUUGUUUAUUUUGAUGCAAAAUGAAAAAAUAUUUAAGAGUGUAAUUCUAGUGAUUUUAAAAUGUUAAAAAAAUUAUAAUAUACCUUUUAAAUCAACUAAAAUAUAAACUAAAUAGUAAAUAUCAUAAUUAAUAAUUUUAUAUGCUAGGUAUGUAUGUAUGUGUACUCGUUUUUAAUUUAUAAAUAAUUUAUUUGAAUCAAAGCUUUGGAGCAGUAUUGUAUUUUUCGAAAUAUUUAAUUGCAUUUUGAGCUAUUCUGUUGCAGGUUUCAACAGUUGGUCUGGGAUUCCAGUCAUCUUUUUAUUCAACUAAACCAACUGGUAAAACAUCUUAUUAGGGAUAGAAUGA